AUGUCAUUAUCGUACUCUGUCCCUGAGAUUGGUGUUUUUUCAAUCAACGAUGAUGAUGAUGAAGAUGUAAAAGGGUUAUUUAUUAUUGUGGAACAAUGGUCGAUUCAAAGGAUUGAAAUUGUUGUGAAGCAAGUUCAUGCAUAUCUCAGUACGUCUGAUACUAGUUACAACUCUAUGGUAGGUUCAUCGAGUGUGUUACCUGUCGCUGCAAUUGAAGCAGCAGUUAAUCCCCCAUGCAACACAUUACGUGCCAUUGCCCCCAGAAAGACUUUGCUUAGCUCACAUUGGAUAAAUCUGAUAACCGAUGUUGGACAAGUUUUCCGUGGGGGACGUUCAGAAUUUAGAAUAUGUUUGGCUAAGUUUGCGUAUGAGCUUGGAUUUGGAUUCGAUUUUAUCAAAAACGAUACGAAGAGAGUGACUGCAGUUUGUAAGCUUAGACAGGAGAAAAAUUGUUUGUGGAGAAUUCAUGCUACAAUUCAACCUUCAACCGAAUAUUGUAUUAUUCGCACGUAUGAGAAACAUCACACGUGUGAGUCGGCAUUUAGUGCUGUCAAGAAGAAUUAUGGGAUUGAUAUUAGCUACAAUACAGCAUGGAGAGCUAUGGAAUCUAGUCGGAGUUUUGUGUUCGGAGACGAUGGAAUAUCUUAUUCGUACCUCAAAGCGUAUUUUGAAGAAGCUGGGCGUUGCAAUCCAGACAGUGUGUUUCACCUUGAAGUUGAUGGGAAGCAUAACUCGUUCAAUCGUUGUUUCUUCAGUUUUGGUGCUUGUCUGUCCGGAUUUAAGUUUUGCCGUCCGAUUCUUUUUUUGGAUGGAACAUUUCUGAAGGGUAGAUACAAAGGUAUUCUUUUGAGCGCCAUGGCGAAAGAUGCAAGAAAUGGUCUUUAUCCAGUGGCAUUCGCCGUUGUGCAUGAGGAAAAUGAUUCAAACUGGAAUUAUUUCAUGGAACAUUUAAAAUGUUGCAUUAGCUCAGAUCGUGUUUUGACAUUCGUAUCCGAUCGGCAGCACGGUAUCUUGGAAGCUGUUAGAAAUAUUUUCCCUAAUUGUUACAAUGCAUUCUGCUUGUUGCAUUUAGAGAAUAAUUUGAGGUAUAAGUUGAGUGGAAUAAGCUCUAGUUAUAGAGAUGUUUUAGUUAAUCAGUUGAUAGCAUGCGCGUAUGCUCCCACUAAGGAAAUCUUUCAUGAGAAACUUCAGAAAUUUAAAAUUGAUGGUUCAUGGAAAGUUGUUGAUUUUUUGUCAGAUUUGCCUUUUAAAAAUUGGGCAAAUGCGUAUUUUGAGGGGCAUAGGUAUGGUGAGCUGUAUUCAAAUGCUGUGGAAUCAUGGAAUGGUACGAUAAAAAAAUUCCGACAUUUGCCGAUUACCCAUCUGGUUGACAGCAUUAGGGGUUAUAUGAUGGAUAAAAUUUGCAAGAGGUCUGCAAAAGCGAGGGGUUGGACUACGAUGCUUUGUCCAAAGAUGGAAAAGAUUUUAAGAACUUUUGUCGAAGACGGGAGGACAUGGACUAUUAGAAAAUCAAAUCAAUUUGUCUUUGAAGUGCAUUCAGACUCUCAUGAGAUUGUGGAUUUUUUUGCUAGAAUGUGCACAUGUCGGGAUUGGCAGCUUAAAGGAUUCCCUUGUUGUCAUGUGGUUGUGGUUCUCAAGAAUAUCCCCGUCGGUGAAAGAUAUGGGUACAUUGACCCCUUGUUUUAUGCCAGCAAUUUCCGAUCUACGUAUUCUUUUUCUAUUUACCCAUUUAUGGUGGACUUUACAAAAGUUGAGCAGCCAGCUAUUGGACUGGAUUUCCGAUCUACGUAUUCUUUUUCUAUUUACCCAUUUAUGGUGGACUUUACAAAAGUUGAGCAGCCAGCUAUUGGACCUCCAGUUUGCCAGACAAGACGUGGAAGACCAAAAAAGAAGAGGAUCCCAUCUCGUGGUGAGAAUAUCAAGAAGAAGAUCAAGUGUGGAAGAUGUAAUGAGAUUGGUCAUCACAACAAGAAGACUUGCAACAAAGCUAUUUGA